AUGUACCUGAGCUUCUACGGAUUCCUGCGCCCAGGUGAAUUCUCCGUCUCUUCCCAGAAGUCGACCUUCCUGAAGAGAAAACAGCUGUCCUGGAACCAGGACCAUCUGGUGUUAAGUCUUCCAUCCACCAAGACGUCGCAAACUGGUCCUCCCUCUCGGAUCCGCUUCUUCAAAUCCGGUAACGCCUGGUGCCCUGUGGUUGUACUCCAGGGUCUCAUCAAUUCCACGCCUUCUCCAAACCCCGAGGCUCCGUUGCUCCCGUGCCAAGGGAAACCCCUAUCCACGCCACAGUUUGUGUCUUACAUCCGGUCACUGGUCGCUGGGUUAGGGGUGGACCCCAAAACCAUAUCAGGUCACUCCUUCCGCAUUGGGGCGGCCUCCGCAGCCUCCAAGCACGGGACACCUCCGCACGUCCUUCGCCACAUGGCAAAAACUGAAUUUACUCCCGAGUCUACAUGCAGUAAAAGUUGCCUGCUCGGAUAUCAACGAAUUCCCAUGAAAGGACAACACAAAUGCUGCUACAGCUGUGACACUUGUCCGGAGGGUCAGAUCUCUAAUGCCACGGAUAUGGAGAAAUGUAUGACCUGUCCAAAAGACAAAUUUUCAAACCAGGAAAGGACUGCAUGCAUCCCACGAGCAACUGAGUUCCUAUCACAUGGAGACGCACUGGGGAUAUCUCUCAUUGUCAUCUCUCUGUUAUUCUGUUUCUUGACAGCUGUGAUAUUAGGAAUAUUUGUCAAAUACAAAGACACAGCAAUCGUGAAAGCCAAUAACCGGAACCUCAGCUUUAUUCUUCUCCUCUCCCUUAUGUUAUCCUUUCUCUGCCCUCUGUUAUUUAUUGGACGCCCAUCAAAGUUGUCCUGUCUCCUACGACAAGUGGCUUUUGGGAACAUUUUUACAGUUGCUGUUUCUUCAGUUUUGGCCAAAACAGUCACUGUGGUCUUAGCCUUUCGAGCCACCAAACCCGACAGGACCAUAAGAAAAUGGCUCUGGAAGAACCUUGCAACAAGUCUGUUGUUAGUUUCUUCUUUUGGUGAGUUUGUUAUCUGCGUUUUGUGGCUGAUAAUUUCACCACCGUUUCCAGAGCAUAAUACCCAGGUUGCCUUUGAUAAGAUAAUAUUACAGUGCAACGAAGGAUCUUCCAUUGCUUUCUACAUUGUUUUUGUCUACAUUGGAUUCCUCGCUAUGUUGAGUUUUAUUGUGGCAUUCUUGGCCAGAAGACUUCCAGACACCUUCAAUGAGGCUCAGUACAUCACCUUCAGCAUGCUGGUGUUCUGCAGUGUGUGGAUCUCCUUCAUCCCGGCCUAUCUCAGCACCAAGGGGAAAUACACGGUGGCUGUGGAAGUUUUUGCCAUCUCAUCUUCCAGUGCUGGACUUCUGAGCUGUAUCUUCAUUCCCAAAUGUUACAUUAUUCUACUGAAACCAGAACUGAACAUCAAAUCUAAGCUAAUUUUUGUAGUUAAAUAA